UUUCUCUCCUCCUCUCACCGCGCCCACCUCCUCCUCCCAUUCUCCUCCCUCUUCUCCGCGUCCCUCCUCCCGUCCCCCUCUGGGGCGGCAACCAGAGAGAGCCGGGCCCUUCUCCGCCUGCACCGGGAUCGGAGUGCACGGAGGGAUCGCUCCGCGGAUUUGGGUCGCCUCCAGCUACCUCGGGUCCGCCGCCCGGCCGGGGAUGGGCAGCCGCCUCGGGUCCCCACGCGCCCGAUGAGCCGCGCGGCCCCGGAGACCCGAGCUCGGCGGACGAAGGAAGGGGACUCUGCGGCUCCAGAGACGCCUAGGGGGAGCGAUCCGAGAUGGCCCUGCUUGCGGGAGCCUCGGCGGCGGGCGCCCUCCUCCAGAAGCAGCCCCGAGGCUGGUAGCUGUUCCGGAUGGACCUUGCCCCUCGGGGCGCCGGGUUCGCGUGGAGCCGAGGCUAGAGGGGGCACCCGGAGCCCCAGCACGCGGCGAUGAAGAUGAUCCUGGCGCGCAGGUUCCGCGUGCUCAUCCUGAUGGUGUUCCUGGCGGCCUGCGCGCUGCACAUCGUGCUCGACCUGCUGCCCAAGCUGGAGCGGCCCGCGGCGGGGCCCGGCUGCUCGUGCGCGCGGUCCGCGGCCGAGGCGGCGGCCUCCGGCUGGGCCCAGCCGCGGGGCCUCGCGGGGGAGCCCCCGGCCUCCGCCGCCGCCGCCGCGGGCUGGCCCAACAAGCACACGCUGCGCAUCCUUCAGGACUUCAGCUCGGACCCGGCCUCCAACCUCACGUCCCACUCGCUGGAGAAGCUGCCGCCUGCGGCCGAGCCGGCCGAAGGCGCCUUGCGCGGCCGGGACCCUGGCGCCCCGCGCUCCCGCGCCCCCGCGCCCCGGCCGCUGCUCCGCGACCCGGGUCCCCGCAGGUCCGCGCCGCCCCCGGGCCCAAGCUCCGAUGGCUCCCUCCUGGCCAGGCUGUUCGAACACCCCCUCUACCGGGUCGCAGUCCCGCCGCUGACUGAGGACGACGUCUUGUUUAACGUGAACAGUGAUAUCAGAUUCAAUCCCAAGGCCGCCGAGAACCCUGACUGGCCACAAGAAGGCAACGAAGGCGAAGAGCUCUUGCCCACCGGGGAGACAGCUGUGGACACCUAUCCCAACUGGCUAAAAUUCCACAUCGGCAUUAACCGGUAUGAGCUCUACUCGAGACACAACCCGGCAAUUGACGCGCUGCUGCGUGACCUCGGCUCCCAGAGGAUCACCAGUGUCGCCAUGAAGUCAGGGGGCACUCAGCUGAAGCUCAUCAUGACGUUCCAGAACUACGGGCAAGCGCUGUUCAAACCCAUGAAGCAAACGAGGGAGCAGGAGACACCCCCCGACUUCUUCUAUUUCUCUGACUAUGAGAGGCACAACGCGGAGAUCGCAGCCUUCCACCUGGACAGGGUCCUGGAUUUCCGCCGUGUCCCCCCCGUGGCCGGCAGGUUGGUCAACAUGACGAAGGAGAUCAGGGACGUCACGCGAGACAAGAAGCUGUGGAGAACCUUCUUCAUCUCGCCAGCCAACAACGUCUGCUUCUACGGCGAGUGCUCCUACUACUGCUCCACGGAGCACGCGCUCUGCGGCCGACCCGACCAGAUCGAGGGCUCGCUGGCCGCCUUCCUGCCCGACCUGGCCCUGGCCAAGAGGAAGACGUGGCGCAACCCCUGGCGGCGCUCCUACCACAAGCGCAAGAAGGCGGAGUGGGAGGUGGACCCUGACUACUGCGAGGAGGUGAAGCAGACGCCGCCUUACGACAGCGGCCAGCGGGUCCUGGACGUCAUGGACAUGACUGUGUUCGAUUUCCUCAUGGGAAACAUGGACCGUCACCACUAUGAGACUUUCGAGAAGUUUGGGAAUGAAACGUUCAUCAUCCACCUGGACAACGGAAGGGGGUUUGGGAAACACUCCCACGAUGAGCUUUCCAUCCUGGUGCCUUUACAGCAGUGCUGCAGGAUCCGGAAGUCCACCUACCUGCGGCUGCAGCUGCUGGCCCGGGAGGAGCACAAGCUGAGCCUGCUGAUGGAGGAGUCGCUGCGCCGGGACGGGGUGGCGCCCGUCCUGUACCGGCCGCACCUGGAGGCCCUGGACCGGCGGCUGCGCCUGGCGCUGCAGGCCGUGCGGGACUGCAUCGAGAGGGACGGCGCCCGCAGCGUGCUGGAGGACGACCUGGACGCCGAGCACAGAGCCCCCGCUGAGAGGUAGUGACCCGGGGGCGCCCGCGAGGCCGAGAGGACAGCCGCCUCGCAGGAGACCCAUGGGCGCCGCGUGAAGUCGGUGGAAACGGGCGCGAAGCUGCGAGCAGCAGAGGCCGAGAGGGCUUGGGAGGCCGCAGUGGCCGCGUGGGACGCACUUUCUAGUUGCUGAGACCGGAGGGGUGGGGGGCACCAUCUGUGCCCACGGGCAUGGCACCCGGCGGCCGUACGUGCCACCCUCCGGGAGGAAGGAAACCUUUACUUCCGACGGUGCAUUCGCUCCUGGCGCACGUGUGCAGAGGGAGAUGUGCCCGGGGCCCACGCAGCACCCGGGGCACGUGGGGACGCUGACCGCCGGCUGCGAGGGCCCCCAGCCCUGGCCCUCAUUUAAACGGAAGCUCUUCCUUCUCCCCCUUCCCUGGGCCUGUGGGGAGGCGGCAGCGACUCUCCGUGGGUGUCGGGGCCUGUGGCGGACGCCCGCGCCCUGCAGUUCCAUGUCUGCAUUGUUGCUGGCAGCCGCUGGCAGGAGCCACCCCUUGUUCCAACACGGCUUCGGAAGGUUCCGGAGCAGCGAAGCCUGCACAGGAGGUCACGCUGCAAACAAACCGCGGUGGCUGGGCUCCCUCGGCAGCUUUUUGUGGAAUAGUUUGCAAUGUGGCGCGAGUGCAAUAAAGAUACAGCAAGUGUG